AUGCCUUGUGCAUGUGGUCGUGGCCAGUCUGCGAAGUUGUCAUCUGCACAGAUCACGACAGCUGUCAAAGAGCAUGGAAAGAAUAGUCGCUGGCAGCAAGCUGUGUUUCUGGCGGAACAGCGGCAGCCAAUACCCUUUGACACAUGCAGCGCUGUGAUCGGUGCGUGUGGAAACGGACUGCAGUGGCAAAUGGCCUUGAUUUUUCUCUCCAAGCAUCUGCGACAAUCUCCGAGACUGAAUGCUUAUGUAUGUGUUGCUGCGAUCAAUGCCGUUUCGAAGGUUUCUCAGUGGCGGCGAGCUUCUCUUAUAUUGCGGAUGAUGCAGGCUGAUAGCUUGCCUGCAAACCUAUAUGCAUACAGUGCCGUGCUCAGUGCCAUGCAGAAGGCGGCACGCUGGAAGGAAGCCCUGGAUAUUCUUGCAGAUGCUGCAAGCCGGACUGUGCAGAGGAAUGUUGUUACAGUGAAUGCAGCAGUGAGUGCCUGUGCAGCUGCUGGAGCCUGGGAGAAAGCAGGCUUUUUACUGGAAGAACUGGCAUCCGAAGAUCAAGCUGAUCAGAUAACUCUCAAUGCUUUCAUGCAUGCCCUGUCGCGCGGGGCGCAGUGGCAGUUGGCAUUGUCCUCGUUCGCCGAGCUGCCCGUGCGGGAGGUUGAGAACAAUGCACGGACAGUAGUGGCAGUAAUGACCGCAUGCCAGAGGGCAGAGCGUUGGCAGCAUGCACUGCAGGUAUUCAAAUCCUGCAACACACAAGCCGUUCAGAGAAACCUUGUGACAUACAACGCUGCCGUGAGCUCGUGUGCUGCUGGCAGCAACUGGCAACUUGCUUUAGCGGCUGUAGCUUUUCCUGACGGAGAGUUUCGCACAGACAUCAUCACAUUCAACGCAGCCAUGGACGCUUUGGCAAAUGCGGGGCAGUGGGAACAAACCCUGCAGCUAUUGAUGCAUCUGCAUCAGCACGUACGAGCAAACCUUGUGACCUAUAACACGCUCUUAGCUGCGUGCGAGAGGAGUGGGCAAUGGGAGUGCGCCCUUCAAGUUUUCUACCGAUUAAACCAUGUUGGGAUGCAGGCAGACACUAUCAGCUUCAACACUUUGAUUAGCACCUGCUCGAAAGCGAAUCGAUGGCAAGACGGACUGAGACUUUUGGAACUGAUGCUGGCGGCAGGACUGGCGGAGGAUACUAUGAGUGGUACUGGAAUCAUAAAAGCUUGUGCCUCAUGUGCUCAAUGGCAAUGGGCCCUGCGUGUCCUUGAUCUGUAUGGCGAGCGCGCAGACUUGAGACUGUACUCUGGGGGCAUGAAUGCAUGCCAGAAGAGUUCGGCUUGGCAAACAGCUAUAUGUGUUUUCUCGCAAAUACGAGGUAAGGACUUGCGUGCUGACGCUGUGGCGCUAAACUCUCUGAUUGGUGCCUUGGAAGCAGCCGGAGAAUGGGAGCGCUUGGUCUCUGCUCUCGCAGAGCCAGGGGCUUUCUCCCUGGCUGACUCCAGGACCUGCGCUUCGGCUCUGUGUGCCUGCCUGCGAUCCGGGAGUUGGUCGUUGGCAGUGUCUCUUUGGCAAUCCUUCAGGCAGGUGGGCCUUCGCCCGGAUGUGGUGGCAAUGGAUUCUGUUAUCAGUGCAUGCGCAAGCUCCGAGAUGUGGGCUCUUGGACGCUUCUUCCUCCUAGAAUCCGAGGGCACGCCAAGUCGAAGUCCCUUGCAAUUUCUGUGGGCUCUGGCGGAGCUUGGAAUCUCUGACAAGUUCGUUAUUGCAAGCACAUGUCGCGAGGUUGUCCUCAGCUUUUAUUCAUCGCGGUGGACGGCUGCUGAUGUGGCGCUUUACGGAUGGUCGGCUGCCAUGUUGGGUGUGUCCUGUGCAGCCUUGUCCAAGUCCAUUGCCAAGCUCGCGCUGUCCCAGGAUGCCUUCAGCCUCCGGCAGUUUGCUGAGCUGGCGUUGCUUGAAGAGCCGGAGCUGGUGAGCAUGAGCCAGGUUUCGGCCCAGAAGCUUUUGUUCUCAGAGCAGCUGCAGCAGCUCUCGUUCGCGGAGCAUGGCCUUUUCGUUCUUGCCGUGCUCCGGGCAUCUUGGCUGUGUGAUCUUCUUCGAAGGGAUUUCCUUACGUCAGUCCGGGCUGCCCUGCGGCAAGUGGGCAGAUCCAUGGACACCUCGGUGCCAGUGGCAUCAGACCUUCAUCGCCGUCCCCGGCCAGUUCACCCUGAACCACGGCUCACUGCAGGCCAGCCGGUACUGUGGGAGCAUUCCGUCGACAACGUUGUGGUGUACAAGCCCGCGAACUGGGAAGUUUACGGUCGACACACAAAGCUUCAGCUUGCAGAUUUUGUGCGGUCAACUUUGGGCCUGAAGCCCAUUUUCGAAGAUGCCGAACACAACUAUGGCUUCUUGCAUCGCUUGGAUGUGCCAAGCUCUGGAUUGAUUCUGCUGGCUAAGACGUAUGAAGCCUGGUACGAUCUCCAGGUGCAGCUCUACGCCGGAGAGAUCGGACGCGAGUACCGAGUGCUCUGCCACGGAUGGGUCCCUUCCCCUCGUCUUGAGAUCCGUGCCCGGGUGCGGGAGGGAGUCCUGGAGCCCACGAAGUCGGGGGGACGGGGGAAAGAGAGCAUCACAAAGCUCGAAGUCUUGAAGAGGCUCGGGCCCGGUGGGCUUGGGCGCCAUGUUGCGAUCACCCAGCUUUCUGUGGAGAUCCUCACGGGACGCAAACAUCAAAUCCGGAGCCACUUUGCGUACAUCGGGCAUCCAACAAUUCGAGAUGGGCUGUAUUCCAGUGCAUCCACCUUUAAAGCCGACUUGGUUUUCUGCGCCAGAAACUGGUUGCAUAGGCACAGGUUGUCUUUCAAAGAUGCAGAGGGGCGUCGGCACGAUGUCUGCUGUCCCCUGCCGAGUGAUUUGAGCCUCGGGCCAGAGCCCAGCAAUAACAAUUGA